AAAUUAAUUCUUGCUCUUCUCAUGACAAUAGCAUAUUGUACAAAUGAUGCUAUCAAAAAAAAUGUCGAUAAUAUCAGAUAAGCCAUCAAUAGUGGGCCUAACAAGCAUUAGGCUUAUGAUAAAUUGGCUUAUAUUGUUGACACAUUUGGUCCUAGGAUGUGGGCAUAACCUAGUAUGGCAUUAGCUGUUGAUUAUCUUUAUAAUUAAAUACGAAAUUGGGAUGCAACCAAAAGUGGUUUGGUGGAGGUUAGAUUAGAAGAAUUGGAUGAGAUAUCAACUUGGGUGAGAGAGAGCGAACAACUAAUUUUAAAGAGUCCAAGAAAGAGACCUCAAAAAUUAGGAAUGAUCGGACUUGGCAAUAUAAAGGAUGGAGAAGUCGUCGUAGUUAGAAACUGGAGUGAAUUGGAUGAGAAGGGUAAAGCCAACAAGAUUUAAGGAAAAAUUGUGUGUUAUAAUGUUGCAUGGACAACCUAUGAUGACUUGAAGUUUUAUAGACAACAAGGACCAGAUAGAGCAUCUGCCUAUGGAGCUAUUGCUGUACUAUUGAGAAGUGUUGCUUCAUUUUCAAUCUAUAGUCCACAUACAGGAAAUGUGAGAUAUUCUGGUACAUUCACCAAGAUUCCUGCCGCUGCUAUUACAGUUGAAGACGCUGAGAUGCUCCAAAGAAUGUAAGACAGAGGAUAGAAGAUUACUGUGGAUUUAGAAUUAAAUAAUAAAAUGAUGCCUUCUAAAAGUCAUAACAUCAUUGCUGAGAUCAAAGGUUCAAAAUAUCCCGAUUAAAUUAUUUUGAUGGGGGGUCAUUUUGAUUCAUGGGAUACAGGAAGUUAGACAGGAGCCAUGGAUGAUGGCGCAGGAACUCUAGUUACUCUAGAAGCCCUUAAAGUAGUGGCUGAUCUAGGAAUCCAACCUCUGAGAACUUUGAGAUGGAUUGCUUGGAGUGGUGAAGAAAUGGGACUCCCUAAUAAUGGAAAUCAACACUAUGCUAAAUAUCAUGGAGAUGAGGAUCAUGUAGUUGCACUUGAGAACGACGUUGGUCAAUUGACAGCCAUAGGAUUUGGAUUUUCAGGAAAAUUAUAAACUAGUAGAAUGGUCAGAUAAUUGAUUAUGAACUAUAUUCCUGAAUUGUCAGUUUUGCUUAUGUUAGAUCUGGAGUUAUACAAAACCUUAGGGGAUAAAGGAGUUCCAUUGAUGAGAAAUAUCUACAAAGAUCCUAAUGAUGACUAUUAUUUCAAAUAUCAUCAUUCGGCUGGAGAUACAAUGAAUAUUUUAAAUCCUGAUGAAAUGGAUUCCAAUGUGUUUGCCAUCAGUUCAAUGAUGUACAUCAUAGCUGAUAAUCCUGAGAGAUUACCCAAAUGAUUUAUCAUAAUAAAUAUUGA